UCUGUCUUCAUUAAUUUGUAUACAGUCCUUUUACCAGAACAAACUUUCUGAAGGUACUCACAUGGGAAUGCUGAAACAGCUGCACAACUUUUAUUUUGAAGAAAAAAAAAGUUGAGCCUCAGAACAGUGUGUUUAAAGAGAGAGAGAGAGAGAGUGACUCUGCAUUUAGGACUUUGACCAGCAUGUGUAAGAAAUGCUCUCAUGGCUGGAAUAAUCUAACAGUUUUUUACCUGGAUAGCCCUUGGCAAAGCUCCUCUUUUUCCCUUGUACAGUCGAAAGGAAUCCAGUGUGAUUCUGUACUUCGAUCAGCUUGACUCCAGUUUUGCACAGCCUGCCCGCUUUGGUAGUGCACGGCCGUGCCUGGCUUCUUGUGGCCUCUAUGGCCCUUUUCUGCUCCACUGUCAGAAAGAGGGAGGGAGGCUUCCCCCAGUACCAAAAUAUCAUUCCGUGUGCUCUCUGCAGCAGAGUAGCAAAGAACAAGUUUCCUGAUUACUGCCUCAUCUUUUUGGAGUUACUUGCUGGAAGAAGUCUUUUUCCCAACUUUAAAUGGAUGAUUGUGUUACAAUCAAGAAAAAGCAUCUCCAAAGACCAAUCUUUAGAUUAAGAUGCUUGGUAAAGCAGCUGGAGAAGGGUGACAUUAAUGUGGUGGAUUUAAAAAAGAAUAUUGAAUAUGCAGCGUCUGUGCUGGAGGCAGUUUAUAUUGAUGAAACCAGGAAGCUUUUGGACACUGAGGAUGAGCUCUCUGACAUCCAUUCGGAUUCAGUCCCGCUGGAAGUGCGGGACUGGUUAGCUUCUACGUUCACAAGGGAAAUGGGAAUAGUAAGAAGGAGACAUGAAGAAAAGCCCAAAUUCCGAAGCAUUGUGCAUGCUGUACAGGCUGGGAUUUUUGUAGAAAGGAUGUACCGAAGAACUUCUAGCAUGGUUGGUUUGGCUUACCCAGCAGAUGUGAUAGUAACAUUUAAGGAUGUUGAUAAAUGGUCUUUUGACGUAUUUGCCCUAAAUGAAGCAAGUGGAGAGCACAGUCUGAAGUUUAUGAUGUAUGAGCUGUUUACCCGAUAUGACCUUUUGAGCCGUUUCAAGAUCCCUGUUCCCAAUCUUAUUUCAUUUGCUGAAGCUCUUGAACUUGGUUAUAGCAAAUACAAAAACCCGUAUCACAAUCUGAUCCAUGCAGCUGACGUUACUCAAACUGUGCAUUACAUAAUGAUUCACACUGGUAUCAUGCACUGGCUCACAGAACUGGAAAUUUUAGCAAUGAUCUUUGCAGCUGCUGUCCAUGAUUAUGAACAUACUGGGACCACAAACAAUUUUCAUAUUCAGACAAGGUCAGAUGUUGCAAUAUUGUACAAUGAUCGUUCUGUUCUUGAAAAUCAUCAUGUAAGUGCUGCUUAUAGACUCAUGCAAGAAGAAGAGAUGAACAUCCUGACAAAUUUAACCAAAGAUGACUGGAGGGAAUUGCGUAGCUUGGUCAUUGAGAUGGUCUUGUCUACAGAUAUGUCAGGUCAUUUUCAACAAAUUAAGACGAUGCGACAUACUCUCCAGCAGACAGAGGGGGUAGACAAAGCCAAAGCCAUGUCUUUGAUUCUACAUGCAGCAGACAUAAGCCAUCCAGCAAAAUCCUGGGAACUGCACUACCGGUGGACCAUGGCCCUGAUGGAAGAAUUUUUUCGACAGGGAGACAAGGAGGCUGCUUUAGGUCUUCAAUUUUCCCCACUCUGUGACCGCAAGUCUACUUUGGUUGCUCAGUCCCAAAUAGGUUUCAUUGAUUUCAUAGUAGAACCAACAUUUUCUCUUCUUACGGACUCAAUGGAGAAAAUUGUUAUGCCUCUUAUAGAGGAAGCAUCAAAAUCUGAAAGUCCUGCACUUGGGGCACCCAGCCAUAAUAUUUUGGGAGCAGUAAGCAAUGCUGAAGCACAAAGACGACCCGGUUUUAAAAGUACAAGUGAUGGAGGGACUCACACAGAAAAUUCUCUAGCAACUGUAGAUCUAACAAGCUUUAAGGCCAACUUGAUGAAGAUCAUACAAGCAAACAAAGAAAGAUGGAAAGAAUUAGCAGUAGAAGAAGAACUUGUGAAAGAUGUUCGUGAAAAGGAAAAAGAACAAAGCAGAAAUUCCACAGAUGCACAGUUACAGGAAGAGACAACAAGGAUACAAAAUGAGAGUAGUCAGGGAAGCGAUGGUACAACCUGUCCUCCCAGAUCCAUCGUUCUACAAGUAGUCUCUUUGGACACUCCUCUGAGUGAUGAACCCAACUCAGAAAAGUGCACUAACUCUGAUCCGAACCAGAAAGAUCUCACCGAUGCCCAGCAAGAAACACAGAAUACAGACCCACUGAAUGGUAAUACUUCAUCACAGAGCACCAGUCAAUAUAAUGAAGCUGUCCAGGGUGAAGCAGCAGCACUGUCUGGUAUCUCCAUGUCAAAACAUUGGCAGUAAUGUGACUGAAAUAAGGUGUUGGGCAAACCCCCGGCAUACGACAGUUUCUUCAGGCAUGUGUAAAACCAGCAUGGUUUUAGUGUCCUAAAACCAUUGAAUAAAAGCUGUUUGAUGUCAAAAAAAUAUCAUCUUCCUGAUAUGAACUAGUUGAUGUCUAGUAGAAAAUCUUUUACGUAAGGUACCAAGACUUUUAGUUAAAUUGGGAGAAUUAUUUUAAAAUAAUUCAAAGAUACACAUUUGUAAUUAAAUAGCAGUUUGUUACUGGAGAAUGAGGUAAACUUUCAAAACAGAAUUAUCUAACAUUUUCUCUUUGAAUAGGUAAUUAUUCUUAUGCUAUUAAAAUACCCUCACCUCCUUAGUUUAGGCAUCUAAUAUGAUUAUUAAAAAAAAAACCACAACCAUUUACUAAAUGUAAUGUGAAUUUUAGAGUUAAUUUUAAGUAGAUGGAAUUUGCUAACUGUAGUAGAAUGGGACUAUGUCAUUCUCUUACUCCAAAAGAUCAGUCUCCUGACUGUAGUUUGCAGGACAAGGGGAGCACCCAGAAAACCCUUAUAUUGUUUUAGAAUGUAAGCAUUUUAUCAUAAGUUGGCUAUGAUUUAGUAUCUGGUGAUUGUAAGUCAGUAUCAAGUGCAAGAUGGCCAAGCAAUAUCAAAGUAAGAGAAAGCCUUUUUAAUUUUAUUUUCUCAAUUUGCUUAUUGUUAGACUAAGCUUUGAGGUAUUAGGGUAGUAAGAAUAAUCCAGGCAUAUAACGAUGCUUCUUUUCCUUCUAAUUAAAAUGCUAAACUCACUAAUGCUUUUAUGACAGUGAGUCUUGCAAUAUUGUGCCAGAAGUAUGGCAUUGUCUGAGCAGCAACACUGAAGUGCUUAUAAGGCUUAGCUUAGACAUAAGUAUAUGACUUGACAUAUUUCUCAAGAAUGCUUUUUAUGGAGAACUCCCACUUAUUUUGCCUUUCCACUUCCAACACUCCACGCUUUUAUUGUUGAUGUUUUUUUUUUUUUCCAUCAGAGAUAACAGAUGGUGAAUUUAGGGUCCUAAAUCAAAAUAUUUACACUAAAAUUAAUUUCACAGCAUUUGAAGUUGUCUAAUAACUGACAUAUUUGUCUUUUGAUAAGUAUAUUUGCACCGAUUUUUGUAUUAAAGCCCAACUUGCAAUUUCAGUGCCUUAGAAAAGUUUCCCAUCUCCUGGACGAGGGACAGACUAGGAAAAGCUGCAUCUUACAUCUUUCAAACUGUGCACAAGGCAGUUGUGGUGUACUGGGGAACUUUAGAUGGCUAACCAACGAAAAAAGAAUGCUGUUUGAUAGGUCAUAUACAACUCAGCAUGCAGUUGGUGUACUCAGUUGCCUUGUCAAUCUUUACAUUCCACAUUUUAUAUAAGAACAGAGAUUUCUUAUUUUAGAAAAAGGUAUUUUGUUUUCUAAGGCAGGGAAUUUUCUACAGAUGAAGCUGAUUUUCUGUUUUACACUAUCACAGAUUUUUAGUAGAGUGCAUAGAACGCACAGAAUAAGGAUAUUUGUUAAGUGGUAUUUCUAAAGGCAUCUGACAGUUCAAGGCAUUUUUAGCUCUCUUUUUUGUGUGAAACAUCUGUUCACUGUGAUAUGUUGAAUUUACUCGUAUCCAUCUCCUUCAAAGAUUGUUUGUGUUCAUCUCCCUGCAUAGAUAAAUGCCCAAUUAAAUGGAGAGCUUGAAUUUGCUGGGUUUCUGUGGCAUAUUAAUGUCAAAGUCCAGUACUCUCUGACCAGGUUCUUUUUUGUUUAGAUGUUCCACACGUGAAAGCCAUAAUGUUUAAUAUCAAAUUUAUCUGAGGACAGUUGAUGUUACAUGGAAUUUCUGAUUUAGCAUAGUUAUACAAAAUGUACUGAUAGCACCCUACAAAUGUAAUGUAAGUUAUACUUAGGAAAAUAGAGCAAUCACAAUAUGCAGCUCAAUCACAGUGUCAGUGUGAGUCCCAUUACCAGUCUCUAGAACGUGCUCACUGUCAGGAUUCAGUGUCCCCCUAGUCACCAGUAAGGCAUACUGGGUUGAAGCCAGCUCAAGCCCAUUGCUCUCUUCGGAGUUCUUUUGCUAGUUGUUUAGUUUUUGUACUUGAUAUUGGGGUGGCCUGGCUAACUCAGGGAGACAGUCACAUUCUUCUAGUGAACACAAGGUCAAACGUACACCACUGGUUGAUCCUCUCAACUGUGACAUAGUCUAUGGAUCCAUUCAGCUGAUACAAGUGUUUAUAUAAACGAAAGGCCACCCUCCACUCCCCUUUGUGUUAAUGUUGUCAGCUUUCUUUGCAAAAGCUCCAGUCAGUCGCCCUUGCAUUAUCUCCUGAGCUUGACAGGCAUAUCACCCUUGCCCAUCUUCUUCUUCCAUUAUAGGGAUCUAUGAGUCAGUCACAAUGUCAUUUACAUUUUGAUUUUAUGUUAUUAAAUAGUUUGGUUUAUACUUUAAUAAUAUUUCAUUCUUGAAUUUUCCCUAUUUUCCCAAUAUUUAAAUGAUACAGGAAAAAUAUUUUGAAUAUUUUAUGGUCUUCUAAAAUUAUUUACAGAGGGACUGUGUCAUCUUAUUCUUAAAAAUUUCUUUCCUGAGGAGAGUCCAGACAUGUUACAAUAUAGUGAGAAACCUAUCUAUAUAUUCUUUAAAUACUAUACUCUUUCAAGUCAGCACUAAGCAUUUCAGGGAACUUUAUGCUUCUAAUAAACCACAAAGGACACCUAAUAUUAAUUUCUCAACUAUGUCAUAGCAUAUAUUGGUAAAUAAAAUAUACAGUGAUCUUUUUAUGUGCCUGCCAAUUAAAGAAGCAUACUGCAGAUAUUUACAUUACUGUAAUGCACAGAAUGAGAUGCAGGUCCCUGAUGUUUGGGAGGAAAUGGAUUAAUACAGGGUUUCAGCAGCAGAUUUAAGUACCUCUGCAGAGAUUGUGCCACUGUAUUAAAAAGCUGUAAAAACCCAAAAGGCAAUGGAGGCAUUUAGUAUUGGAAUAGUUUUCAAUAUUCAAUACCAAAGGGAAAACUCAGGCUAAAAUAUUUCCCAUUUGUCUUUCAGAGUGGUGAAAUGAUUAAUGUUAUUCUAAAUGGAGGGAAUCCAUUAAACUGUCAUUGUUGUUGUCUAAAUGUAGGUAUUUAAUACUAGUGUUUUUGCAAGAGUUGUCAUUGCUGCAGUAUGUGUAGAAACCUUAUAACUACAAAUAGAACAGCAGUCUCUGUUUUCUCACUCCCCCCUCCUUUUUGUCUGUAUAGGUGAUGCUUGGGAUGUUCAAGGGAGAGUAUAUUGUGUGAUGCAGUAGCACUCAGCACAGAAGGGAGAUACAGUAUAGGUAGCAUCCCCCCUUUUCGCUUUUGCACUUCUAUUGAUGGCCAGAAAAUCCAGACAGGACUCUUCUAAUCAAGGUCAGAUAAUUUCAGUGGAAUGUCACUUUAAGCAAGCAGAAAGUAACAUGCACAAGUCCAUGGCCUUACAAUUUUCCCUGGUUCCCAAAUUGGAGUUAUUUGACUAUUCUAAGAAGCACUAUACAUCUAUCAGGCCAUUAUUAGCACUCUCCGUGUGAGAUUUUUCUAACUGUGUCAUUCUGUACUGAAGAAGAGGGGUAGAAAGCUAAAAUGAUGUCCAGAGUGUUUGCUGAAUUGCAGGGAGGAGAAGUAAGCACAUGCAGGCACCAGGGCUGGGAGAAUGAGACAGAAGGUAAGAAGAAAAUCGACUUAGUUACUCAGAUUGAAAUUUUGUGUUAGCUGUCAUUGUUCUGUCCUUUAUAAAAAGCAGAAACUCAGUUUGGUUUUCUGUGAGUAAAUGAUUGAAUUACAAGAGAGAUGGGUAAAACAGGAAGAUGAUCUAUCUGCAUUCUUGGGGACUGUCACUGAGUAUUUGGAUUUACUAUGAUGAGGGCUUUUCCUUUUAAAAAAAAAAAAAAAAAAAAGGAUUGCUUUCCUCUUGUUGUGUCACAUAUCAUUCUAGGUGUACUUCUUGUAGACCAUUGCAUUUUAUUAACAGGAUUAGCUCUGCCCUGGGUCCUGGUCAGCAUGAAGGAAGAGCUGAGGGGUCAUUAUUAAAAGAACUCCAGUUGUGACUGAAUGUCAUUUUUCUCCACAAUACCUUUAUCCUUUCCAUCAUCUCACCUGAAUUUAAGUGAAUGUUAUAAGAGUAAGUGGAACUAUUAUAAGGUGAUUUUUUUUUUUUAAGUGAUGAUUUUCUUCUUCUCCUGAGUGUUUUAUUAAUUAGAACAUUAAUUUUAAAAAGUGCUUAUGUUUAAUUAAAAAACUCCGUGUUUCAAUGAUUUAUAAAUGUUAAUUGGCACACUUUUAACUUAACACUCAUGAUGGUAGCCACAUUAAUCCUUACUAUUAAAAUGUAAAGGAGAUAAUAAAUCUGUGAUAAAACA